CUUUCGCACCACCACCUUUAACAUGGCAAAGAGCCAUCAAAUCUAGAGACAAUCUUGCCAAGCUAACUUACCUCUUCUUUUUACCAACAACCUACAAUAGAAAUGCUUGACGACACAGUGGACCUGGUUACAAUUGAUGUACUGGGAACAAGGCAUCGCCAAGCAUUUGUGCAAGCUCUGAUGAGAGUAAUGGAAACAGACGUAGCGGAAAGAACUUUCGCAGAGAUCAUUGAUGGACUUCCUACGAUUGACUCGUAUCAAGAAUUCCACUGGCCGCAAGACGGCCAUCCUGCUACUCAACAUCUCGACGUUUGCCCAGGAACGAUUGAGAAAGCUCGCCAGCUACGUUGCAACCUUCCAUCGAGAAUGAGCUUCCAUCUACCGUUACUAUGUGCUUUCGAAGAAGCCACUAUAGAUUCACGGCCAUUCCACUUAAGACUUUUUGAGCUGCUAGCAGUGUCUAUUCAUCAGAUUGCGGUAUACUUAUAUCAACAAGAUGGCGCCAACCAUACACAUCAAGACUACCAAAAGUGGAUAGACUCACCACGCGAUACCAGUCAAUGGGAUGGGUAUCGACACCCAACAGCUUUCUGCCACACCUUUUAUAUCGCGGUUGAGCGAUACCCCAACGGGGUUGCCGAUACCGUCGGAUACUGGGCUGAAGCAAAGAUAUUUGGUGGGGUCUUCGUCUUUAAUCGUGGAGAAUCGGAAUCAGAGUGUAACGAGCUGUACCUGCAUGCAGGGCGACGAGCAGGUCCCUUUACUCUAUUCCCCCUCACAACGAAACAGUUUGAGAGACUCGUCGAUUUUCUUCUAGGAGAGACAGAAGAACCUGCUGCAUCGCGAAGUCCUCUUCCGUUUACAGCGACGUCUGAGAAUCGUUGGCGGUGGCAUACUUGGGACGCCAUGGCCCGAUAUCACAUAUUCCGUGAUAAGUACGAGCGAUCCGUCCAACCAACCAAACCAACUGGUUGUGUCAAGUCUGCGGUAGACUGGCCAGAGAUAGCUGAUGAGCUAUAUCUGAUCGGUGCAAUGCACGAUUAUUGGGAUGGUCAGCCAAUAGAUAAGAGUAAGGUCCGGACGGCUCUGGAGCUUUUACAACAGAUCACUCCCUCUUCACCAGUUUGGCCAAAUAGGAACGCACAUUCAUGGACCAAGGAUCUUCUUGAAUAG